AAAAUUCAUAAUUUAUAAAAUAAAUUAUUUAGAAAUGGUAAAUUUUUGAAUGUCUUGUAUUUUAUGUUUUGAGUUUUUAAGUACCUUUCAGAUCUGGAUUUUCACAUUUUUAAUAUGUCCGACUGUAAAGUACAAAUUGUACUCUUUAAUUUUAUGUGAAGAGGCUAUUUUGAUAUUGUCCUGCAUUUUCUUACAUUUAUUUACUGUAAUUUUUAUUUUAAAUCGUAUCUCAGUUGUCUUUUCAUGUUGAAUUUUAUUACUAGCUCUUUAUUCUUAGUGUUUUUAUUUACAAAUUCAUUAUCAAAGUUUUAAAAUCCUUCUUUCAGGUUAUUCCAAGUAGUUCGGUAAGAUUUAAAAUUAUGAGCUUCAUAAUAAUUAUGGUCUUCCUGAUAAACGGGGCUGUGCCAAAAGUUGGCCAGAAAGAUGGGAUUGAAGUUUUGAGACACAACAGUCAGGAGUUGAUUCAUAAGGAAAAUAUUGGACACCGUGAACUUGCAGCUAGUGCUACUUCAACACCAGCAACCAUUACUACUUCAGAUACCAUAACGGUAACUGCUACAGAUACUGAUGGAGCUGGACAACUUUAUGAGAUUAGUUUCAAUAAUGAGUGUACUGUUUCAGCUCCUGGACUUACUUGCACGGCAGUUGGCGGGCAAGAGCAAGUUCUGGACUCAAGUUCUACUUCUUCAAUGACUGAUAAUGGAGAUGGAACGUAUACAUCCACGAUCUCUGUAACGAGGCCUGGAAAAAUCACUAUCAAUGUGUUUAAAUAUACUCAAGGAGGAGUUCUUGUUGAGUAUUACUCUGGUACUACUUAUAGCGGAGGAGUACAACAUGCUGAGAUUAGGGGCGAUCUCAAUAUUGACUAUGGUAGUGGAAAUUUAUUCGGAUCUACCAGUGAUUCUGUGAGUGCUAAGAUGUACUUCAAGCUCAAAGGACCAUCUACUGAAUCGAUCACAUUACAAUUAGAAGCAGACGACACUGCUGACUUGAGCUUAGGUGGAUCGAGCAUAGUAAGCGCUAGCAUUGGGACAAACACAAAUACAUUUUCAUCAACUUUGAAUACAAUGUAUGAUGGGCAAAUAAAUUUUGUUGAAAAUACUGCAACUGCAAAAGUUGUUUUAUCUUGGAGUUAUACCUCUGUUGCAAUGACUACAGUUCCUGGUACAAAUUUAUACUACAAAGCUUAUGUAAGUUCCCCAAUGCAGUUAACAAUAAAUUGCCCAGAUGGCUAUUCAAAGACUACUUCUGCUGGAAGGCCAGUUUGAGAAACAGUCUGUGGAGAUAGUAAAAGAGCAGGUAGUGAAGAAUGCGAUGAUGGAAAUAUAGUAGCUACUGUAGAUGGCUGCACUUCAUUAUGAGCAAUAGACUCUGGUUGGGAAUGACAUGGUGGGACUCCCACAGCCCAAGACACAUGCACUCAAUGAGCUGCGGGGUAUGCUCCAAAUGCUGCCAAAGAUGCAUGUGUUACUACUUGAGGUGACGGUAAAAGAGCUGGUUCAGAAGAAUGUGAUGAUGCAAAUACCUCUGGCACUACUGAUGGAUGCUCAGCUUCAUGAACUAUUGAUUCUGGAUGGGAAUGACAUAAUGGUAACCCUACUACACAAGAUACCUGCACUCAAUGUGCUGCUGGAUUUUCUCCAAAUGCUGCAAAGAAUGCUUGUGUUACCACAUGUGGGGAUUCAAAGAAAGCAGGUUUAGAAGAGUGAGAUGAUGGAAAUACAUCAGGGACUACUGAUGGAUGUAGUGCAACUUGUACAAUUGAUUCAGGAUGGGAGUGACAUGAUGGAACCCCCACAGCUCAGGAUACAUGAACCCAAUGAGCUGCUGGAUAUUCUCCAAAUGCUGCCAAAAAUGCUUGAGUUACUGUAUGUGGAGAUGGAAAAAGAGCAGGCACUGAAGAAUGUGACGACGGGAACACAUUAGCUACAGUUGAUGGAUGUAGCUCUACUUGUGCAAUUGAUUCAGGUUGGGAAUGACACAAUGGAAACCCAACAACCCAAGACACAUGAACACAAUGCCCUGCUGGUUUUUAUCCGAAUUCAGCAAAGAAUGCUUGCGAGACUCAUUGAGGUGAUGGUAAGAGAGCUGGAUCUGAAACCUGAGAUGAUAAUAAUGUAAGGAAUGGUGAUGGCUGAACUGGAACUUGCACGAUUGAGAGCAAUUGGAUAUGUAAUGGAGGAACUACCUCAUCAUCUGAUUCAUGCACAUUUUGAGAGCCUGGAUACACAGCAAACAAUGUCCCAGCCACACAAGUAUGAGUUUCGACAUGAGGUGAUAAAAUGCAGGUUGGAAGCGAAAAAUGAGAUGAUGGCAACACUAAUGGAUCAGAUGGCUGUGCUGCAGAUUGAAGUGCUGUUGAAUCUGGCUGGGUUUGUGCAAACUCCACCUUUUCAAGUGGUGAUGUAUGCACUCAAUGAACAAGUGGAUUUUAUCAAAAUGAUGCUACAUAUCCAACAGCUUGUGUCCCUCAAUGAGGUGACUCAAAGCGUGCUGGGAGUGAGAAAUGAGAUAACGGAGAUAUCUCCGGAGCCACUGGAUGAAGCUCUGACUGACUCUCAAUCACAGCAGGGUGGGUCUGAACAGGUGGAACAACCACCACUGCAGACACAUGAACUCAAUGAACAGCUGGGUUUUACCAAAAUGAUGCAAGUAAUCCUACUACCUGUGUCCCCCAGUGAGGAGAUGGGCUUGAAGCAGGCACAGAGAAGUGCGAUGAUGGCAAUACAGUAGCUGGUGAUGGCUGAGCAGCUGACUGAACUACAGUUGAAGCUGGCUGGGUGUGAUCAGGAGGAUCUACAACAUCAGAAGAUGAGUGAUAUAAAUGAGCGGAUGGAUACACUCAGAAUAAUGCAGCUAAUCCAACUACUUGUGUGACGACUUGUGGAGAUGGAUUCGAAGCAGGAACUGAAAAAUGAGAUGAUGGCAAUAUAAGUGGCAGCGAUGGGUGAGCUGCAGACUGUAGUACAGUUGAAGCUGGCUGGGUUUGAAUUGGAGGAAGUCCUACUUCUUCUGAUACAUGCACCCAGUGAACUGCAGGUUUUUAUCAAAAUGAUGCGACUAAUCCUGAAACAUGUGUAACUACUUGUGGCGAUGGGUUAGAAGCUGGGGCAGAGAAAUGUGAUGAUGGCAACACUAUUGCAAAUGAUGGCUGAGCAGCAGACUGUACAAGUGUUGAUGCCGGUUGGGUUUGAUCUGGAGGAUCUACAACUAGUCAAGAUACAUGAACAAAAUGACAAGAUGGAUUUUAUCAAAAUAACCCAACAAAUCCUGAGGUUUGUGUUACUCUGUGAGGUGAUGGGUUUGAGGCAGGAACAGAGAAAUGCGAUGAUGGAAACACUAUUAGUGGUGAUGGAUGAGCUGCUGAUUGAACAACUGUUGAAUCUGGAUGGGUUUGUAAGUACGGGACACCUACAACAGCUGAUGUCUGAGAGCAAUGAACAGCAGGGUAUGUUCAAAAUGAUUCAUCUAAUCCUGAAUAUUGUGUGCCAUCCUGUGGUGAUGGUCUCAGAGUAGGUAAUGAAUUAUGAGAUGAUGCUAAUACUUCAAGCAACGAUGGAUGCUCUUCUGAUUGAUCAAAGAUUGAAUCUGGUUAUAUCUGUAUUGGAGGAUCGACUGGCUCUAAAGACACAUGCAAUAAAUGUCCUCUUAGUUAUUCUCCAAAUGAAGAGCAAAGGAAAUGUGAAAUAAAUCCUAUACCCACUAGAGCUAAACAGAUAAGCUACUUCUAUGCAAUUGUAAGUGGAGUAGGUCUUUUACUGAAUAUUUUUAUGAUAUUGAAGUACAACCAUUCAUAUAUCAGCAUAUUUAGAACUAUAUUCCACAUCCAAAUGCUAUACCUUCUUCCUCUGCUAGGAGAUAAAAUGGGCAACGAUGGAGUUGGAUUCCUAAGAAAUUUUAAAUUCAUUCUGGCUACUUUUAAAGAACUUCCAAAUGAUUGGGUAUUCUUUGGUUGAAGAUCAAUGUUCUCUUUCCUAGACUAUUCUCAAGAGAACAGCUAUUUACCAUUAAUAGGAAUAAAAUCUGGAAGUGCUAUAGUGAACUGUUAUAAUCUAGUCUGGGUAUCUUCUGUUCUGUCUUUACUCACUGGAGUGUCAUUUUUGUUCUUUUGGAAGCCUAAAUACCCAGAUUUUGCUAAGAAAAUGUUGAAAGUCUUGUUCAGAUUAGCAAUUCGAAUAAUAAUGUUGGCUUAUAUCUUCAUUGCUAUCUGUGCAUUCUCUGAAAUAAGAGACUAUAAAAGAGUUUCUAAAGGAUUUUUAUCUUAUCUGAUUUCGAUAGCUUUCUCAGGAGUGCUUAUUUUCACAGUUGCACUCUGUGCCUAUUUCUGCCUAAGAAAGAUUCCUGCUGAAGAACAAGUCGAUACAAGCUUCACAAUUGAGUAUUUCGUUGGUGUAAGAAAGGAUAAAUUGGCAAGAUCCUAUAUCAUUUUAUGGUUUAUUAGAAGAACUGCUUUUGUCGGAGUUAUUUUUAUGCUAGAUUACCUAAACAAUGCUCUUAUUCUGACCAUUCUGGUUCUGAUUCAGCUGCUUUAUAUUUUGGCUAUAUUGCAAACUCAAGCUUUUACUACUAAGAAAGAUAACAUUCUUGAAGUGUUCAAUGAGAUCUGAUAUCUGUUGCUAAUUCCUGCUAGUCUUUAUUAUGGCCCGAGUUUGAAAAUGGUAGAUCAUUCAAUGAUUUAUUUAUUCAUAAAUAUUGCGCAGACAAUAAUAGAGUUUAUUGUUUGAUUAUCAGAAAUUACUAUUCGUCUGAAGAAAAAGAUGAAAGUAAUCAAACCAGAUGAAACAAUCGAAGUAAAAAGAAAGACACUGGCUGCACAGUCUAUGACAUCUGACAGAAUUAUCCAUUCCAAGAAUAUUUAUGAUAGGGACAAUGAGAAUGUUGGCAUCAACAAUUAUGCAACUCAAGAGAACCCUCCUUCAGAAAAUUCUCAGAAUAUGUCUUCAGCUAAUUCCCAAAACUCUCAAAAUGUCUUUACCAAUAACUCUACUAAGCAAUUACACACGAUCCGAGAAAUCGAGGAAAUCCCUGACAAGAGCGAGAUCCAGAUCCCAGAUGUCUCAGACCCAAAAAUCUACGAAGAAUUUAAGAAAAAUUGGGGAUUUGGGCAGUACAAGAGCCAGAAGGAUAAAUUUUCUAAUUUCAGCUAA